UAGCUGUGUUGCUCAAGACUCCUCAUAGCAGCUGGAGGUGAGUCUGUGGAGGAGACGCUUCUUCCUGGGACUGAGGCUGUGUCAGCCCAAGUGAGUGUGGGUCCUCCCACCUGGUCUCCCUCUGAGCACAGCAGGAAAGCAGUGGAGGCUUGAACAGCUACCAUGGCGGUCAACAAGGACCCAGCUUUGCUGGACAAAGAGCUUCCUGAGCAGGAGAAUGUGCUACAUCGGGUCCUACAGCUGCCGGUGGUGAGUGGCACCUGUGAGUGCUUCCAGAAGACCUACACCAGCACCAAGGAAGCUCACCCCCUGGUGGCCUCCGUGUGCAAUGCCUACGAGAAGGGCGUGCAGAGCGCCAGCAACCUAGCAGCCUGGGGCAUGGAGCCGGUGGUCCGUAGGCUGUCCACCCAGUUCACAGCUGCCAAUGACCUGGCCUGCCGGGGCCUGGACCACCUGGAGGAAAAGAUCCCAGCUCUCCAGUACCCUCCAGAAAAGAUCGCCUCAGAGCUGAAGGACACCAUCUCCAGCCGCCUGCGCAGUGCCCGCAACAGCAUCAGUGUGCCCAUCAGCAGCACCUCUGACAAGGUCCUGGGGGCUGCCCUGACCGGCUGCGAGCUGGCCUGGGGGGUGGCCAGAGACACGGCUGACUUUGCCAGCAAAACUCGGGUCGGCCGGCUGGCCUCGGGAGGGGCUGACCUGGCCCUGGGCAGUGUGGAGAAGAUGGUGGAGCGCCUCCUCCCUCUAGCCAAAGAAGACUCAGCCCCUGCCUCAGGACACCAGCGAGGGCCAAAUCCUCCCAAGGCCAAGCCGAGCCUGGUGAACAGGGUGGGGGCCCUGGCCAACACCCUCUCCCAGCAUACCUUCCAGACCACCAGCCGGGUGCUGAAGCAGGGCCACGCCCUGGCCAUGUGGAUCCCGGGGGUGGCACCCCUGAGCAGCCUGGCACAGUGGGGCGCGUCGGCUGCCAUGCAGGUGGUGUCACGCCGACGGCCCAGUGAGGUGAGGGUGCCCUGGCUGCACAACCUGGCAGCCUCCUCACUGGAGGAGGACGGUGAUGACCAGACAGACUCCGGACAGGAGGAGACAGAAGAUGAGGAGGAAUCAGAGCCCGAGCAGCACACGCUCAGUGAGGUGGCAGCCAGGUCUCACCCGCAGGGCCUCCUGGGCAGCGUGGCGCAAACCCUGCAGAGAGCCCUUCAGACCACCAUCUCGGCAGUGACCUGGGCGCCUAAGGCCGUGCUGGGCACUGCGGGAAGGGUGCUGCACCUCACGCCUGCCCAAGCUGUCACCUCCACCAAAGGCAGGGCCAUGUCCCUGUCAGACGCCCUGAAGGGAGUGACUGACAACGUGGUGGACACUGUGGUGACCUAUGUGCCGGAAUUGGUUCCAGGGUCCUCUAUCGAGUCCCUUCCAUACAACUGGCGUUUUCAUGUAAUCCACACAUGUCCUUCCAUAUGCUGACUCUUCUCCACAUUACUCGUGUUACCUAAUACAGUGCAGCGCUAUGUGAGUGAUUGUUAGGCUGAGUUGUUUGGGGAAAUACUGAUAAGAAAAACAAACAGUGUACUAAGGAGACAGUACAGUGGUUACUCAACAGAUUUCCAUGCAUAAGGGUCUGAAGUCCCAGGUUCAGUCCCUAGCACCACCAAAAGCCAGAACUGAGCAGUGUUCUGGUAAAAACAAGCAAACAAGCAAAAUAGAGGGAAAAGAAAAAACAAAUAUGGGCUCAACUAACUGCCUUGCGUGUGUGAGAUCCUGGGUUCAGUCUCCUAUACCACAUAAAAAACAGACAAAUAGAACAUCAGAAGUGACCAGAGGGUGCUCUGGUCUUUGUGCACGCUACACACACACACACGCACACAAUUUUGAAAAAGGAAAAUCUAGUCUGUACAAGUUCAGUGCAGACAUGCUAAUUACAGUGGAUUGUCCAUGGGAAGGGAGUGUUGAAUUGGAGGUGAGCAACCUGUAGAUACAGAUAGGUUGCAAUCUCCUAUCUUGAACCAAACUUGCCAGGUAACAUUUGACUAUUAAAAAACCAUAUACAGGGGCUCGGUGGUGGUGCACCCAGUUAAGUGCACAAGUCACCAUGUGCAAAGACCUGGUUUUGAGCCCCCUGCUCCCCACCUGCAGGAGGGGGAAGCUUCACAAACAGUGAAACAAGUAUUGCAGGUGUCUUAUCUCUUCCCUCUCAAUUUCUGUUUCUAUUCAGUAAAUGUAAAAAGACAUAUAAUUACA